GUCCUGCUUGGAGCUUCCGUACAGUCCAAACCGCCCGUGGGACCAACUGCCCAACCGACCCAACUGACUCUAAGCGAUGGCACAAGCCUGGCUGCUGAUCUGGUGCUGUGGUGUACGGGAGCCAAACCUAACACGGCUUUUCUCGGGGAGGAAUUGACGGCCGCUGGUGUACGUGAUGGCAAGGGACUAAUCAAGGUCCUCCCUACCCUUCAAGUCGAGGGCCAGCCGCAUAUGUUUGCUCUGGGCGACUGCAACAACGUGCCUGAGGAGAAGAAGGGCUUUCUGGCCAUGAAGCAAGCAGAGCUAGCGGCGCAAAGCAUCAAGGCACUGAUUAGGGCGGCAAGCAGCGGAGGGGGAGGCAAUGCCAGGAGCCCUAAGCUGGGCACCUGGACGGUCAACAUGGGCAUGGAGGUGAUGGUGGUGACGUUGGGCCGCAACGAUGGCGUGUGUCGAAUGGGAGGUAACGUGUUCACGGGUUGCUUGCCGGCUACCGUUAAGGGCAAGGACCUGUUCAUUGGCAAGACGCGCGGACAGCUCAAGGAACCCGUCGGGUGUGCCCUUGUUAGCCGACUGGACUUUUGUGAUGGUUCCUUUGUGAGCCAUCCAAAGCUGGAAGGGCCACUCAUCCUUAUCCUCCGCCGCGGCAAACUCCCCACACCCGAUUUCCCUACAACUAGUUCCUUCAGCCAUCAGGACAUCGCUGGAUCCGCCGCUAACGUCAACGCCAAUGCCAACGCCAACGCCAACGCGGCCAUGUCCGCUCUUGCAGUUCACAGCCACGAGGCCUGGCAGCAGCUGGCGGAACGUCACUUCCUGUCCCGACCGGGCCCAGUGUUUGACUGCCUCAGCCCCGAUCAGCUGGCGCUGGUGGCAGCGGCGUUUUCGCGGGCGGGCUACCAUCAUGUCGAACUAUUCCGGUCCAUCGCGGAUCGGCUGCUGCCUGCCGUACCCCACCUGCAGCCCGGCAGCCUCGCCCGCGCCCUGCACGCCUUCGCCUCCCUGCGUCACAACGACCCGCACUUCAUCUCCGCGAUGUGUAGGGAGGUGCACUGCAGAAUGAGAGGCGGCGGCGCCGGUGGCGGCGCCGGUGGUGCAGGUGGCGACGCCGCUGUCGGCUCCGCCGCCGCCGGCGGUGUCGGCACCGGCAGCAGCCUCCUUUCCCUUGCUGGCGCCGCCCUCUUUGGCAGCACUCGCGGCGGCCGGCCCGAUCGAGCGCACCGCGCGCCGCAGUUCCUGCUCGAUGACCUCGCACGACUGGCGGCGGCGGCCGUGCAGCUGGGCGUCAGCGAAGCUGCCGCUCGAGGGUACGGCAGCCGUGGUGGCGGAGGUAGUGCAUAUGGGGACGGGUUGGGCGGACAGUUGCUGGAGGCGGUGGCAGAAGAGGCGGAAGAAGCGGCGGCGGUGCGGCUGAGGAGUGUGGUCGAGGCAGUGAGGGCGACGGCGGCGGCGGCGGCGGCGGCGGCGGCGGCUGGGGCUGGGGAGGUGUCGCACCCAGCCACGGCGAUGGCAGCACCGAAUGAGCCGCGUCCGCGGUCUCGGGCUCCGUGGGAAUCAAACCAAAUCCAAACCCAACCCGGCGUUGAUGACAACAGCAGCCGUACGGCGUACGGCGAGUAUGAUGGGUACGAUAGGUACGGGACGGAAGGUGUUGGCGUUGAUGGGCAAGAGCCAGAUGCGUCGGACCGAUUUGGAAACGGCGAUGCCAGGGAGCUGUGUGGUCCAUGGGUCACGACCAGCAGCAGUAGCAGCAGCUGGGGCAGUGGCAGCAGCACGCCGGUGGAUCAAUUGGAGCCGGUUUUGACGCUGCUAGAAGCGCUGGCGGUCGGCAGCGCUGCCGGCGGCGCUGGUUGCGCUGCUGCCCACGCCGCGCACGCCAUUACGGCGCAGCACCUGGUUCCGGAGCUUCCUUCCUUGGAGCCGUACAUGGCGCCACGUCACCUCGUUUCCAUGCUGGCGGCGUUGCUGCCCGGGCCCGGUGCUGCGUCGCUGCUCCAGCUAGCACAUCCCUAUCCCGGUCCGCCGCCGCCGCAGCGACUGUCGUCUUUAUCUCGGUCGCUCUUGUCCGGUGACGGUGGUGGCCGCGGCGGCGGCGGCGGCUGCAGUAGCUACAUCGGGAAGCGCCCUGCUGCUGAGGCAAGACGUGGCGAUGAUGCUCCAGGUGAGCAUCUGUCGGCGGUGGUGGCGGCUCUGAGCCGGCGAUCGGACCUGCGAGUCUUCCGCAGUGGGCGGCACGUCCUGGAUGCGUGGCAUAUGCUGGCGGCGUCUCACGCCGGCGGCGCCGCCGGGACGGACGAUCCGCGUGUCACGGGGCAACUUCUGGCGCCCGUCUUUGCCUUCGUCGUACGCCACGUGACCAUGCUUGGCUCUGCGCCUGAGGCCUCGCGCUUCUUCGUAAGCUGCGCGUUGCUGUCCGCGUACGACAGAGCCGCGCUGGAUGCCAUGGCGGCACCGCUGGUGGCGGCGCUCGGUGCCGGCGGCGGCGCCGCCGGCACCACCGUAAAGCAGCCCCCGUCAGGCCAGCGCCAGGGUGUUCGAGACGGCAGCGCCGCCCGCUGGAACACGACGGCAGGCUGCCGUACAGGCGCGCUGACGCCACAGGCGCUGGCGCAAUUGGCAUGGGCUGUUGGGCAGCUUGGGUACGACAACACGGAGCUUCUUACGGCCAUCCAGCCACAUGCCGAUGAAGACCCCGCUGCUGCUGCUGCUGGCGGCGGUGCGGCAGCGGCAGCGGCGGCGGAGGCGGCGGCCGCCGGGCUGGCCGCGGCGGCGCCGCCGUUGGGUCCCUUGGAGCUCGCUGACGUGAUGUGGUGUCUGGCGGUUAACCAGUUCCGUACAAACCUGGGGGCGGAGAUACGGGAGCUGUACAUGAGGGCAGCCACUCACGGUGUGGUCCACAUUGACGACCCUCGCUGGCUACGGCUCGUGCAAGUGCACGUGUUGCUGCUGCUGGGCUGGGCGGGUGGGCUGGGGGAGGCGGCGGCGGGGCGGCUGCGCAGCAGCUGGUUCAACGCACUGGGUUACGCCUGGGAGCACCAGAUUUCUCUAACUAGGACUAAAAACCUAAUGGCGCAGGCGGUGGACCGAGGAGAGCAGCUGGCGGGACCCACGGGUCUGCCGCCAGACCCAGAUGCUGCUGUCAGAGCCUUUCGGCACGGCGUCACCACCUCCGUACGCGACCUCAGCCGCGCCGGCAUUCCGCCUGCGGUGUCACCCCGCGACGUUAGUGGCAGCAACAGCAGCAGUAGCAGUGGCACCGGCGGCAGGUUGCGGCUACAGACCAACUACGUGUGGGGCAUGCUACAGCCGUCCUCUGAUAUUCGCCUGACCGUGCCGCUGCUGCAACAGCAGGGCCAGGCAGGCGGGUCGCAGGGGGUGGGGCCCCAUCUGCUUGGUCCGACGCGGUGGCGGCAGCUAGUACUUCGUCGGCUGGGGGUGAUUGUUCGGCCAAUUCGGCAGGAGGACUGGGAGCAGGCGGACGAGCUGCAACGUGGGGCGAUGCUGCUGCAGGCACUGCGCCUGUGA